UAUAGAAACAACUUAAAACAGCUGAGCUAAAAAUUGAUUAUUUUGCUUCUUCCGGGUCAAAGGUUGGAGUUCGAAGGCGUAGCUGGAACAGUUUAAAAAUGGCGGACAGAAACCAGGACAGAAACAAGGAAGGAGAGAAGAAGAAGAAAGAGAGUAUCUUUGACCUGUCAAAGUACAUUGAUAAACAAAUCCGUGUGAAGUUUCAGGGAGGACGAGAGGCCAGUGGAGUCCUGAAGGGGUUUGACCCCCUGUUGAACCUGGUAUUGGACAGCACCAUCGAGUACUUGCGGGAUCCUGACGACCAGUUCAAGUUGACUGAGGACACGCGGCAGCUGGGCCUGGUGGUUUGUAGAGGGACGUCCGUGGUGCUCAUCUGUCCUCAGGACGGCAUGGAAGCCAUCCCCAACCCCUUCAUCCAGCAGCAGGACGGAUAGUCGGCCAGUCUCAUUCCUCUCGGAUGACCUCACAGUAGUCCAAUUCCUGGGGAGUAUGUCAAUUGUAUUUCCUUGAUUCCUCGCAUCCUCUACUUGCCUCCUUCGCAAAAUGCAUUGGAGAAGAUCCGAGGGUGGGGAAUAUAAGAUUUACUCUGUGCUUUGAGAAGGAGACAAGGAGGGAGGAUGUGAGGAUUCAAUUAAAUAUAAUUGAGAUGAACUCCUAUGCUCCCCUGUCCCAUCUCCCCAAGGUGUACUUCAUGUUUACAGCCCCACAUGUCUUUGAGUCCCUAUAAUCAGGAAAAUCAUUUUGUUGUAAUUUAAUUGGUUUUGCCAACCUGAAUAUUGAUCUAGCGGGGUAUGGUGUGAUAGCAUGUAUUUAGUUUAUAACUGAAGAAUAGUGAUUUAAAUGUUUGUUUUUGGUGGGGAAGUAUCUGACUGCAGAUUUUUUGUUGUUGCUGUGAUGGUAAACACUGAAAACGGUUUUAUUACUUUUUACGAAUGUUUUCCCAGUCAGGCCAGGAUUGAACGAUAUGGCAUAUUCUGUUUUUACGUUCCAAAUGUAAUACAUUGACUAUUUUCUUUA